AAAUACAUAAAAAAUGUCGGAUAAACAAAUAUUAAAUAUCCAACCAAACACCAAAUAAAGUUUUAGAUAAAGUUUUAUAUGUUGCAGCUUAAAAAAAAAGUCAACAUAACAUUGAAGCGAAUUGAAAGCAAAGAAAAGAAAAUUAACGUCGGUAAACUCAAUAUUUUUUUGGAACUCUGGUCAUUCAUAAUUUUAACAGAAUUAUGGUGUCCUUACAAGGCAUAAAUUAUGUCCACUUGGGUAUAAUACUGAUUAUUGGACUCGGUUCUACCGUGUCUACCGGGACUUCUAAUGAAAAUGAGGACGAGUAUCUAAUACAACGAGAAUAUAUAUUGGAAAAGUCGUAUCAUGGAUUGAUUCGAGAAAAUGAGACUCUUGUGGAAAUAACGCCAUUAAUUAAAGUUGACGAAGAGAAAAUUUGCAACUUUCGCAUUUUAAAGAAGCCAUAUCACGAAAUUCCAUUCCAGAUUGAACUGGUCAACAACCUGGGAAUAUUAAAAGCACGACACACACUCAACUGCGAGAAACGUAAAAGCUACCACUUUGAAAUUGUUGCCAUAUAUUGCGACGGAACGCCAUCAAAUUCAGCCAACGUGCACAUAACAGUCAUCGAUAUCAAUGAAUAUGCUCCGACCUUCCUGCAGCCAUCCUAUGUUACCGAAGUUGACGAGGGUAAACUGUAUAAUGAAAUCAUUCGAGUCGAAGCAGCUGACAAAGACUGCACACCGCUUUUUGGCGACGUUUGCAAGUACGAUAUAUUAAAUAGCGACGAGCCAUUUACUAUCGACAACGAGGGCUCCGUAAAGAACACUGAACCCUUGUCGCAUAAGAUUUCCCAUAAUCAUAUACUUUCCGUUGUGGCCUAUGACUGUGCCAUGAAGGAAUCGGCGCCCAUAAUGGUCAGCAUCAAGGUUCGACGUGUGUGCGAUGCAAAAUUCUUAGGUAUACCCGAGCGCAUUGAUUAUACUUCUGGUAGCACUGAUAGUUUACAGUUAUUUCCAAAUGCUCGAUUGGAUCUAUGCAAUAUAUUAUGCAGCACAGAUGAUCUCAACAUUCACGCAGCGGUUGCGCUUAAGACCAAGCACAUAUCAUUCGGAUGCGAUCGAGAUAUAUCCAACUGUUCAGCGAGCACAAGCCUAAGGGAUCUCCUGCCUCGUGGUGCCGACUGGACCACAGAGCUGAGCUAUGACGAAGGCCCCGAGCCUAUAUUUCAUUUUGACGGUUUCGCUGGCGUCGUAGUGCCCGCUGGCUUUAUUGGACACCACGAUUUUUCGCUACGUCCGUUUAGCAUUGUGACCAUUUUCCGUCAUGGCAGCCAAAGCUCAUCGAAUAGGCAUGUCAAGGAGCACAUCGUGUGCAGCGCGGACGAUCAUAAAAUGAAUCGCCAUCAUAUGGCGCUUUUCGUACGCAACUGCCGCCUGAUACUGUUGCUCCGAAAGAACUUCAACGAGGGCGACUUGAAUAUAUUUAGCCCGGCGGAGUGGCGCUGGAAGAUACCGCAGGUGUGCGACAAUGAAUGGCAUUACUAUGUUAUCAACGUCGAUCAGCCGUCUAAGGUGGAGCUCUUCAUUGAUGGAGUACAGUUCGAGAGCUCCGUUGAGGACCGUCACGCUAACCCAGAGGUUAUCGACGAUUGGCCUCUGCACGCGGCACAUGGAGUUAAUACGACAUUGGCAAUUGGUGCCUGUUAUCAGAGCUCCGAGAAUCGGCUAAAGCACGGAUUUAAUGGCGAUAUCUCAGAGGUAAAACUUUCCGUUGAUGGUAUACUCUCGGUUGAAGAUAUUAAAUGUGGCACCAGCUGCGCCGAACAUUUGCUUCCGUCGAGCGAAUUGCAAUUGGAACAACCAGAGGAUUCGGCAGACUUUCAAGUGCAGGUCAAUGCAAAAAUGAACGAGAUAUACAUUGAAGCUCAGAGCAAGCACAAGAUUGAGCAAUUGAUGCGAAAGAUUCAAUACAUCAAUAUUAAAAAGAGCCCCACCAUAGGUCGCAGGAAUAUUGAAGUUCGCACGACAAUGAUGUGUACAAAUCAGAGUGCCAUACGCCUGCCCACAAUCGAGACCUACAUCAUGGUUAAUGAUCCCAUACAACCAGUGGGUAUAGCCGACUCGACUGUUUCGAGUGACAAACUGGCGGAGAAUAAGGUUGACAAACUUAAGCCUCAAAAUCAACGCGAUCAACUUACUUCAAAGUUUUCUCAGGACGCGCACACGUUAAGCAAGAUUGCGAUUUCUGGAACCCAAAACAAAUUAGUCUCUUACCAAGAAAUCAAAUUGGGCGUACAUAUCUUGGAUAGAAUUCACAUUGGACGCUCUGCAGAUGAUAAGAAUGUGACUCCAAACGAGAAUCUCGAUUCAUGCAGUGUGAUUGUUUUCCCGUCUUUGAAUCCCGAUCACGAAGAAAUUCAAAUAGAUGGUGAUGAGUCGUUAUCAUCGACAAUGGACAUAAGAACAAACAUUAACAAGGAUGGCGUCGAAAUGAUUGGAACCGAUUCGAUUCGCAGCUAUCUCAGCGUAUUGCGUGCUCUCGUUUAUAGCAACAAAAAGCCAGCCUAUUAUCUGAACCGUGUGUUCAAGCUUUCUUGCUCGCAGCUUUCCUCUCAAAUUAAAAACAUCGAGUAUACGCUUACCCUGACCGUCUUGCAUCCGAAGCAAUCGUCCAAGACAACCAAUGCACCAUCUGCAUCUAUGUCGGUAACCAAUGCCGAGGGAAAUGACAACUUUUUGGGAGUCUACCACAAUGGUCGUGGCCUAAGUGAGAGUAGGGAUCAAGGUGCUCAAGAUACGAAAUUUUUCUCAAACUCCUUACUUCAUUCCAAUGAUGUACAGGAGCCCAAGUCACACGUACACUCUAUCGUACACAAAGCUGAAGCUGCGCAUCCAACAAUGCUGAUAAUCUUAAUAUGUGUUUUUCUUGUCAUAUUGCUCUGUGGCGUUUCGAUUGCAAGGCUAAAAAAUAACCAAAAGUAUACGGACCGACAUCAGCCUUGCCCCAAGGUCGCUGACGAAGGUUUAAUUUGGGAUGAUUCUGCGUUGACCAUAACUAUAAAUCCAAUGCAAACCGAUGCCGCUUCUGAGGAAAGCUCGGACUCUGAGAAUACUGAUUCGGAAGAUGAAGAAGUAAUUAAAGAUGGAUUUGCACACAUCAACCAGCUUGAAUGGGACAACACCAAUAUGUUUUCAUCGGCGAACUAAUAUGGAUGUGUGUCGUUUAUCAGUAAAAGUUGAAAUUAAUUAUAUGUAAAUGUGCUUUUAAUAUAUGAAUUACACAAUCCA